AUGCCGUCGUGCCUCUGCGCUACGCUGUACUCUACGUGCACCAACUACGGUCUUCGAGACUUCAUUUUGGGGAGGCAGUUCGACUUCCACUUUAAAAAGGCAUUUGCCCUUCAGGCCGUAUACUCCGGAAAUGACUAUGCAGCCUUUUCAUCAACUGUAAAUGGCUUGCAUACGCUCAUGAAGAGCCGGUCGGUGAGCUCUCCUUUCUAUGAGGUAAUUAUGGAUACUUUUAGCACCUUGCUACGUGCCUCUGUGGUUGGUGCAGGACUCGUAAAGGAAGGCUACUAUGACUAUCGUCAACCAAGUACUACACCAUUUUUAGAGCACGCCAUGAAAAUAGACGAGGCGGUGUUUUCUGAAAAUGAGACAGAUUUCGAAGCCGCAAGGGCCCGGUUUAUAGACGUAUUAUCUCAUGAUCCCAAAUAA